AUGUCAGCGUCCACUAAAUCGAAGUCAGACAUUUUCAUGAGCAUCAAACCCGAGCACAUGGGCAACAUUGCCUCGGGUGCCAAGAAUCACGAAUACCGGGGCUAUCUCCUCCCAUCGCGAAUUCGUCGCAUUUGGUUCUACACUACUGCUCCCGUUAAACGACUCGAAUACGUUGCCCGUAUAUCCACAGGGAAACUUCCAGGGGAGGUGCCUGAGGACGGCGGACUCGGCAAUGCAGAUUUCAACGCCGGCAAGAAGAAAUCCAAGUACGGGUACGAGAUCAUUUCUCUGUGGGUGUUAAAGGAACCUAUCAGUUUGGAAAAGGCUAUCUCGACAACGAUCUUGAAAGGGGCGCCGCAGAAAUACUGCUGGGUGCCGACUAGUCUUAUAAGGAGCCGUCCGCUGGAUAAACAGCACCAGCUAUUUUCCAAAAUCGCGGAGGAGGAUUCUUUAGUGGAGUCGAAGGAGCAUGAGGCAGUCCCGGCAAAGGGUUUAGAAUCUUAUUUUGCUAAGGAGGACCGACGAGGGCAUGAUGAAAGUACAAUUAAGGACUAG